AUGAUUGCUAGCGGCGAUUAUAAGGUCAGCAUUGAUAAGCUUGAAGGACCUGAGGACUGGGCCAAAUGGAAAUGGCAUAUUUCUAUGGUGCUGUGUUCAUAUGGACUAGAAGAUAUUAUUAACGAACUCGUCUUAACGUGCAAGAAUGCUAAAGAAAUCUUGGACAAAUUACGCGCCCGAUUUGAACGUAGCAGUACUCAGCGUUUGAAUAUGUUGAUUGAAACAUUUUUCCGUGUUAAACGUGAUGAAACGGAAGAUAUUAGUGCACAUGUGGCCAAACUGCAAAAGUUAUUUGUGGACCUGAACGAUGAAUUAGCAAAACAUGAAGAAAACUACGAUAAAUUUAAGGAUCUCUGGGAUACGAUACCGACAGAAAAGCAAAGCUUGAAUUUAUUAAUUGAAAAACUCUGUACUAUUGAACUGCGUGAACAAGACAUUAAUGGAAGGGCAGCUUUCGUCGUUUCUAAAACAAGAAAACGGCAAACAAGUCAUUGGGCAGCAGAGUGUCCACAGAACACUCUUGACAGCAAUAAGAGAAAAGAGAAGAAGCGAGAAAGUGAACACGCUGCAUUUACUUCAUACGCCAUGGGUGUGUGUACCCGUAAUCACAGUGACCCAAAUAAAUGGUAUUGCGGCAGUGGCGCUACAAAUCAUAUAACUCCCAAAGAACAGUAUUUUGUUUCGUAUAGUGAAUUUGAUGCUCCUCAAGAACAGUUUACAUCCAAAUUCGACGAAACAAUAAAUGGUACAAUGUUAGAAUGGACAAUUGUUUUGUACGUCCCUGAUGCAAGUGCUAAUCUGUUCUCUGUGAGAGCCAUUGCCUGCAGAGGCUACAGUACUAAUUUUAGUUAUAAUAAUGUCUGUGUUCGAAAACAAGUCAAUGGCAAUAUUGUUAUGACAGGUUAUGUGAAAAAUGGACUUUAUGUGUUGAACAUGUGUGUUGUUAGAAAUGGAAAAAUGAAUCAAGUGAACUUGAUGACUUCAUCCGAAACAUUGCAAGUGUACCAUGAAAGGUUUGGUUCAAAAUGGCUCUGA